AUGUCUGCACAGAUGCAGCCCCAAAGCCGUUCUGGUCUGGUCGCUGCCGAGGGGGGCGUGAAUAGCUCAGAGCCAUGGAGCGGCUGUGCCCACUACUCGUCCGUUCUGGCGGUUGGCAUGUCUUGGGGGGACGACGAGAACGGCUUGCAGGUUGUCCCUGCAUCACAGAGCCGAAACCAGGCCGUUUAUUCACCUAACCUGUAUCCACAAGCAUGGGCUGGAUCCAACUGGGAGGGGACUCCAAUAGACGCUGGGAUUCCACCGAGUACGCCCCUGCAGCAUUCACUUCGAAUUACUGUCGACGGAAGUGGGUCAAGGUCGGUGGCCCCUGGUGCUCAAACCCCAGGGGACAAAUCGGUGGAGGAACUACAAGCUCGGACCAAAUUGGUAAGUCCAAAAGCAAACACGACAUCCACGGGGCCUCCAAAGGUUGACCAUGAACAACUGGUGCUCCAGGAGCGGCGUCGUGCUCAGAAUCGUGUCUCGCAGCAGGCAUUCCGUGCGCGCAAACAGAGCCACAUAAAGGGGCUUGAGCAACGGCUCGAGGCAUUCCAGGCCGAACACGAAACGAUGCUCAAGGAUUUUACACGCAGAGAGGCAGAGAUCCACCAGUUACAGACAAGGAUUGCAGAGCUCUGCCUUGAGAUUGAUAUGCUCUUAUGCGCACGAACAUGCUCCGACGACGCGGCACCCUUUGAUCUCUGA